GCGCGUCCCGCCGGAAGUGAUGCUGCCUGUGGCGGUGCGCGGGUGUGGGCGAUGAUACGGUUUUCACAUGCUGAAGUCCUUGGAUUGUCUUAUUGCUGCACAUUGAGAACUUCCUAAAAAAUAGAAAGUCAAGAUGAAGAGCAGGGUGACACAAGUGAAUCAUGGUUCCAGUUAUGAAAGGAAGGAAGGCUACAGUUCACGACAGAAAAGUUUGUCUCCAGAGGACAGGGACAUAGACCGUGACAGGUCGCCGUCUCCAAGAAAGAGAAGAUACUCUGAUGACAGCAGAUAUGAUCAAGAAUAUUCAAGAAGGGAAUACUAUGAUGACAGAAUGUCAGAAGGAAGAAGAACAGAAAGAGGGAGAGAGCGGCAUCAUGAGAAAUGGGAGGAAAGGGAAUCUGAUCGAAGGAAGCAGAGAAGAUACUCAUCACCUGAUCGUAGGAGUCCAGAGAGGUCGACAGCGCAGAGCACACAUGAUGAGGUUGCUUCUAAGAAGAAGAAAGAAGAAGUGGACCCAAUCCUUACUCGCACUGGUGGUGCAUAUAUUCCACCUGCUAAGCUCAGGAUGAUGCAAGAGCAAAUCACUGAUAAAAACAGCUUGGCGUAUCAGAGGAUGAGUUGGGAAGCUUUGAAGAAGUCAAUCAAUGGUCUUGUCAAUAAAGUGAAUGUUUCUAAUAUAGAAAAUAUAAUUCAUGAGCUCCUGCAGGAAAAUAUUGUUCGAGGAAGGGGAUUGCUGUCUAGAUCCAUUUUGCAAGCUCAGAGUGCCUCUCCAAUUUUUACUCAUGUUUAUGCAGCUCUUGUGGCAAUUAUCAAUUCAAAGUUUCCAAAUAUUGGUGAGCUGAUUCUCAAGAGGUUGAUAUUAAAUUUUCGCAAAGGAUAUCGCAGAAAUGACAAGCAACUUUGUCUAACGUCUUCAAAAUUUGUUGCACAUUUGAUGAAUCAAAAUGUGGCUCAUGAGGUUUUGUGCCUAGAAAUGCUCACUUUGCUCCUUGAAAGGCCUACUGAUGACAGUAUUGAAGUAGCUAUUGGAUUUAUUAAAGAGAGUGGUCUCAAAUUAACUGAAGUUUCUCCUAGAGGUAUUAAUGCCAUCUUUGAUCGUCUUCGACACAUUCUGCAUGAAUCUAAAAUUGAUAUGCGUGUUCAGUAUAUGAUAGAAGUCAUGUUUGCUGUAAGGAAGGAUGGCUUCAAAGAUCACCCCAUCAUUCCAGAGGGAUUAGAUCUAGUGGAGGAGGAGGAUCAGUUUACUCAUAUGUUGCCAUUAGAAGAUGACUACAACCCAGAGGAUAUUCUCAAUGUUUUCAAGAUGGAUCCAAAUUUUAUGGAAAAUGAAGAGAAAUACAAAAUGCUAAAAAAAGAAAUUCUUGAUGAAGGUGACAGUGAAUCUGAAGCUGAUCAAGAGGCUGGAAGUAGUGACGAAGAUGAAGAUGAUGAUGAAGAGGAGGAUGAAGAUGGUCAGAAAGUUACUGUCCACGACAAAACAGAAAUUAACCUGGUCUCCUUCCGUCGUACAAUUUAUCUUGCCAUUCAAUCAAGCUUAGACUUUGAAGAAUGCGCUCACAAAUUGCUGAAGAUGGACUUUCCUGAAAGUCAGACUAAAGAACUCUGCAAUAUGAUACUUGACUGCUGUGCUCAGCAAAGAACAUACGAGAAAUUCUUUGGAUUACUGGCAGGGCGUUUCUGCAUGUUGAAAAAAGAAUAUAUGGAAUCCUUUGAAGCUAUUUUCAAAGAACAAUAUGAUACCAUUCAUCGUUUGGAAACAAACAAACUGAGGAAUGUUGCCAAGAUGUUUGCUCACCUGCUGUACACAGAUUCAAUUCCCUGGAGUGUCCUUGAAUGUAUAAUAUUGAGUGAAGAAACUACCACAUCCUCCAGCAGAAUUUUUGUCAAAAUAUUCUUUCAGGAACUCAGUGAAUAUAUGGGACUUCCUAAUCUUAACGCAAGGUUAAAAGAUGUAACACUGCAGCCUUUCUUUGAGGGAUUAUUACCUCGGGAUAACCCAAGGAAUACUCGCUUUGCCAUCAAUUUCUUCACUUCUAUUGGCCUUGGAGGACUAACGGAUGAAUUACGAGAGCAUCUUAAAAAUGCACCAAAGAUGAUAAUGACACAAAAACAGGAUGUUGAGUCAUCGGAUUCCUCUUCGUCUUCAGACACAGACUCUUCAUCUGAUUCUGAUAGCAGCAGUAGUAGUAGCUCAGAGUCAUCCAGCAGCAGUGACUCCUCAUCUAGCAGUGACAGCAGCAGUGAUUCAGAUGUUCCUAAAGCCAAAAGAAAGAGACUUCAAAAGAAAAAUAGAGAAUCUGAUAAAGUUUCCAGGAAAAAACAAGAACGGAAAAGGAAGUCCCCUGAAAAGAAAACAGGAAGGAGGCAGCAAGAGGAAAGAAGUGAUACUGAGAGCAAAUCAGAAAGAAAUCACCGAAAACUGAAAGAAUCACACAGGAGAGAGGAUGUAUCAAAGUAUCAGAGAGAUGAGUCCAAUGGCAGAGAUGGUUACCAUAGUGGAAAGGAUAGAACCCAUGAAAGAAAUAAGGAUGUAGAAAAUAAACACAGUAAUUCAAAACCAAAAAAGGCAGAGAGAAGAGCUUCUUUGUCUGAUGAUGAAAAUUACAGACAGUGGAGCAAAGAUAACGGGCAUCGCAGCAGGAAGAGAGAAAGAUCCAAAUCCCGAGAGCGAGCUCAUAACAACUCAAGUCCGAGAGAGGAGGAACACGAAGCCCGGUACAGAAAUGGUUCCGAGAAGCACCGGGAGAAGGAGAAGUACAGCCGCCACUCCGAGCAGUACAGGGAAUCCAGAAAGAACGAGGACAGACGAAGGGAGAACUCCCCACACAGACGAAAAUAAUACCUGACCAGAGCGUGACAUAAAUGUGCAUUGCUGUGCUGGCAAAAACAGUAUUUUGAAAUCUGUUGCUGAACUUUUCUUUAAACAAAGAUAUUUUGUACAAAGUGAUAAGUUUGCAUUUGUAAAUUUUAUCAGACUUUUCCAGAUUUUUAGUACCACCUUUUUAUAACUACUGCCUUGAGUUUUUCUGUUCAAUUCUUCUUUCAAUGAGAUAAAGCUGUUUAUUUUGUGAAUAAAACCAUUACGAUCUCAGCAAAAUGAGUGGUUUGGUCAGUUGGUUACAAGUAUUUGUAAUUGCAACUUUAUCGACUCAAAAACAUUGGCUUUUAACUUUGUUAAUUGAAAGUCAGUUACUGAGACGGAGGUGAUAAAUGUGGAAACUUCACAUUGCGAUGUAAAUGUCAGCUGAGAAGGUUUACAUGAAUUUUAAAACGUCAGCACAAGUGCUUCAGGCAUUCUGCAGCUGUGUAUUCUUUCAACUUCAUGAACACAAAACAAGUUUGACCAAGUUUUUCAGGAAGUACUUGGGUCGAUUUUGUGUUUUUCUUCUUCAAGAGUUAAAAAUCAGGAAAGCAGCUUUAAAUGUCACAUGUGAAAGUGUGUCAACUUGUUCUGUUACUUUUCACAGUGUUUUUUAAUAUUGUAACAUCCUGAGCUAGUUACGCUUGGAAUCUGAGAGGAAAAAGCAGAGGCUGGCUGUUUUCAGCUACAAAUUCGAUUUAAAAGUCAUAGACUUCAACUCUACAAAAGAAGUGUUUAAGAAACAUGUUGUCCAGUGUAUAAAAAAAUCAGAAAUCAGAAAGGUGUUUCAAAUCUUUGUAGAUGUUUUGAAUUACAUGGUGUGGCCGUUUGAGCUGAUCCUCUAGCUCAGACAUAGGGGAGAGAUGAACAUUCCAGGGAUAGGCCACAUAAAUGGCAACAAUAGAUAAAUUAAUAUAAUUUCAUUGGAGCAUCAAGAACUUAAUGUCUAGAAGCACAGUUUGUUCUCCCCCUUCUCCCGCUGGCUUCUGCUGCUGCAGCUUUGCCUGUCUCCCCGGCUGCUGUUUUGGCUACUGCUGCUUCUGCUGCUUUGCGGCCGCUUGACCCCUCCCCCAUCUCCCUUAAGGUUAUUGUAUUUUUUUUUUUCCCUUCCCUCCUUCUCUAGUUAUUAUCUCUCUUUACAUUGUUAUACUUAUACUAUAAGAAAAUACAAUUUCAUCUUUCCCUGACUUUCAAAAAAAGGAGGGGGGUUUGUGUUGUGAAUUUUCUUCCCGGGGGAGGGAUCAGCCCAAACCCGGGACACAUGGCUUGAAGUGUUAACAUUCUUAGAAGCAAAGUUUGUCCAGAAAAAUCCAGUUGUUGCAGCAGUUCGUAUUAUAAGUUGUCUUACCAGGAGUCAUUUGACGCGCCUGGCUCAACAUUUGUGUAUGCAUAAUGAAUCAAAAUCAUCUGGUUAAGACAAUCCCUGUAGUAAGUAAGGAAAAUAUUUGAAGUCUUUGAGCAUGAAAUUGGAAAUAGUCUGGGCAUCGUCAGUAGGAAAGACGGAGGUGAUAGUUGUCACUUUUCCUUAUACAAAGUUAAAAAACCCAGGAAACACGAUUGCUGGGCAUGUGAGAACUUACACAUUUCAUAUGUAAAUCAUAAUUCAUCUCGUAUAAAUGGAAAAUAUUUGAGCUGCUUGCUAACAGAAAAGAGAACAAUUCCUAAGGAAAUGGAUCCGUUUCACCUAAGUCUUGUCACAACAUUUUUCUAAGAAAAAUGCCACAUUAUAGAAUUUUUUCUGUGUUUAACAGAACUUAUUUCUGCAGGCUUUCAUGUAGUAAAAACAUUUCUCAGUCAACAGCAUUUGCGUGGGAAAUACAAAAUUCAUAUUGCAGAGAGGAAGGGGGGGGGGGGAAAAAAGGUUUCUAUCUUGCCGUACCGCACAGCUGAAAAUGCGUGGGUGGCAUUGUAAGGUGUAUGUUGUUUAAACUGUGGUGGUUUUUUGGGCAAAGUAUUUCUCAUUCUCAAAACCAUUUAUGCAUUUUGGCAGUGUGUGUUAAUCCCAAGAGAACUUAAAGAAUGCUUUCUAAAAGGAAUGCUGCUGAUAAUUGUUGUGCUUCUUUGAUAGAUCUUUACAAACUAUUGGAAAUUAUCUGUACUUCAUAAUGGUUUAAUGGUGCAAACUUAAUGUAAUUUAUCCAGACUAACACUUUCCUUCCUAAGUUAUGGGUUUAAUGGCUAUAAAUUUUAGUAACCCAUAGCUUUUGAGGUAUUACUUUCAAGUUUAAAAGCUUGUUAAUUACAUUUUUAAUAAAUGGAAAUACAUGAAAACAAUAAAUGUGAAAAUGUGAAAAACAAAACAUUUGAUCUCAGGCAUGCUGAUCAGGAAAUGCCAGCCUAAAUAUCUCCAAUUCUUUGUUAUUUCAUAUGGCUGCUAAAAACAUUGACCUCUUUUUUGAGGUGGGGGCAAAAUGGAGAGGAUGGCAUUGGGACUUGAGCUGAAGUCUUAGCUCUGUUUACAGUUUUGUGGUGUGUUUUUCUGUUUUCGUUUCCAGAAACAUUAAUAGAUGUUUGAUAGAAUAACCUGUUAAAAAUAGCUGUUAUUUUUACCAUUAAUAAUACAAACAGGUUAAUGUGUGCAUCUUAAAAGGUGCAUGCUCAGAAGAAAUGCUGCACUACAGCAGACCAGAAGUACCUCCAGUCUAGAGAUACAGUGGUGAGUAAUACUGAGGUCAGUCUCAGUUCUUAGCAGACUAGAGCUGAAUGACUUUCUGAGCCAGAGCCACUACAUGUAUCUUUGAAUAAGGCCUUGCCCAGUAAGUGGCCUAAUUCUUUCACUCAUUUAGGGGGAAUUCUGCAGCAUCCUCUGCCAGUUGCAGUAUUUCACUACAUAGCAUGUGUAGAAAGUAUGCUUCUUCACAGCUUCUGCCUGAUCACUUUCAUUUGCUACUUUUCAGUGUGUUUUCUGAAUAAUGUUGCAUAGUUGUUUCCUGCUUGCCAUCUUGGUUGUCAUGUUUAUAGAUCUAAACCUGUAUAUUUUUUGCUAUUUCUUUUCCAGAAGUUAAAAAAAACUUGCCUUGUGUGGCAAGCUUUCAGGAGGAUCUACUCCAUGAUCUAGCCAGGUACAGAGGUGCUGCUUGUGGCAGAAUACUUCUUAACACAAGUAGUUCUAAUUCAUGGGGCUGGUGGAGUCACCCUGGGUGGACCUUUAUCUGCUUCUCUGUAGCCUGGCCAUACUGAUUGUGUAAGGGCAACUGGGAAGGUGAAGGAGGCUAAGAGGAGUUUUGCCUGCCUCCCUGAGCAGGCACCUGUUUCCACUCCCCCAUUUUAGGUUUUCUCCUAUUGCCUGGUGGCAGGAGGGAAGGAGAUACUCUGUUUCUUGAUGAACCUCCAUCUGCUGCCUUUGCCUCAGUCUAAGAUUAAGAAUUGCCUCACAGUGGUGGCACUGGGUGCUCUACAGAUGGGCUGGCAACUCACCCAGUGCAUACACUGUCCAUGUAGGAACAAAUCUGGAGAGAAGAGUUUGUGGUAUUUGUAAGAACCAUAGUUCUGUUCCAUAACAAUAAUUUUGUUUAGAGCAAGUUCUUUGAAGCUCAAUUAUUCAUAGGCUGAAGUCUGAAGAAUGGAUUUGUAAAGGAAGACUAUUUGGGCUACCUUGUUAUAUAAAUCCUCUGACUUUGACCUCCAUAUGAAAGCAGUUAGAUAAAUUUGGGGACAAAACUAUCUACUCUGUUGAAAAUAAUCUAAAAGUGUCAUUAAUAAAUCAUGUUUUCUAAA